AUGGCAGACCCGCAGAAGCAGUUUCAAGCUCUCUCUGAUGAGUAUCAGAAGCUACAAACCGAUCUCGAAGGUUUCAUCGAUGCUCGCCAAAAGCUCGAGUCACAGCAGCAGGAGAACAAAGGCGUGCAGGAUGAAUUCGCCAAGUUGGAUGAGGACUCGAAAAUCUACAAGAUCGUGGGGCCCGUCUUAUUGAAGCAAGACAAGAACGAGGCCGUCAUGGCUGUAAACGGACGGCUUGAGUUUAUUGAGAAGGAAAUCAAGAGAAUCGAGGGACAGAUCAAGGAGGCUCAAGAAAAGGCCGAGAAGAAGCGCGCGGAGAUUGUUCAAUUCCAAACGCAGCUCCAGCAGCAAGCUGCCGCCUCCGCUUGA